AUGAAUAGGCGCCCAAGCACCUCACGAGCAUCGUCACCAGCAAACAGUGGAGGUGCCGACAAACUCAAUAAGCGCCAUUUCCCUUCUAUCCGUCGCCAUUACCAGCAACCCGAGAUUGUCACGACAGCACCCAUCGCUCGACCAUGGCCAUUGUCUUCAAGAUUCUGGAUAGUCGUGGCAACUCUCUUUGUCAUUGUAUUAUGGCGCGCAUUGACACGAUCUUCACCUGCUCACCUUUAUCCUCGGAUACCGUUACGUGACCAACCACCCUAUGAUACACUACUUGAGAAGCGACACUGUACAGCAACCGUAUGCGACGUGUUUGGUCAAUGCACACAGUGGCAGCCGCAUCGUGACGACCAUGAAGCAUCAUUAUUACAAGGUGUGAUGGAUAAUGUGGCUACGAUUGAUUUGGAUCUUGGAUGUGAAUUAUUGGUCAAACUAGCCAAUGGCACUUGGAUGACACUAUCACAUGGCACCACAGACUGUCGUCAACAUGGUUGCCAGGAUAUCGUUGAUAUGGAUCUUAGAGGUGAUUUGUACAUUCUCGUAUCCCAGCUCAAGCAAAUCAUGGAUGAUCCAGAAUACAGAAACCAACAAGUGGUGGUAUCCUAUACGGGCGAUCAAGUUGUCAAUACUACGCUGGAUGUUACAUUGAUCUCACAAUUCUCGGUCAACCGCCUCGAUGUAUUUACUCAAGUCCUUGAUGCUUGGCCAGGUCCUAUAUCGAUUGCCAUAUACCUUACAGAGCCUGAUCAUGCUGCUGAACUCAAAUCAUUCUUUGCUAUUCCUUCCAACAUGUACUUGUAUUCACGUGUCAAUAUGGUGUUUGUCAAGCCCGAUUACAGCCAUCCCGAUCGACUGAAAUACCCCAUCAAUCAUUUGCGCAAUCUCGCCCUUGGUGUCUCAAGUACUUCGCACGUGUUUGUCAUGGAUGCUGAUUUUGUUCCAUCCAAGGAGCUAUAUACCCAAGCAUGCAAUGAUCUUGCACCCGCUGUACCUAUUGAUGAUGAGGAUCGUGUUGCUAUGGUGAUCCCCUGUUAUGCCAUUGUGGAAUCACACAAGGAUGAUCCAUUCCCAAGCAACACACAGGAGCUCAAGGAACGUAUUAAGGAAGGCGUUGCUUACAUUACGGAUCCAGGAAGUGGUCAUGGCCCAACACUAGCCGUUCCCAUGGCACUUGCUUCGUAUGGUAACAAGGAUGACCUGUUUUAUGAAGUGUGCUACGAAUCACAAUGGGAGCCUUAUUACAUUGUGGCACGUGAAGUGGCACCCUUUUAUGACGCACGAUUCAGAAACCAAGGAGGCGACAAGCAAUCCCAUGCUUUGCAAUUGAAUGCGCUUGGAUUCAAGUUUAUGGUGAGCCGUGAAGGAUUCAUUCUGCACAAGGAUCAUCCAAAAAUGGUAUGGCCAGGUGGUGGUUUCAGUCAAUCACAAAAGGCGCCCACACAAUGGAAUUAUUUUGAGGAAUUCAUGCGGGAAAUGGAGGAUCUUUACGGCAGCAACGUACGAUGGCCACGUGGAUGUACUGCUAAUGCCAUUGGAUGGCAAGUGCAACAACGAAGUCCUUUGGGUAUCGUGGCAGACUAA